AUGGAGUCAUUUUGUCAUUACUUCCUCUUCAUCUCCUUGCUCCUCUCUGUUGUAAUCGCUAUUCCUCAGCAAACGGCUGCACUCGCUACAACUGCAGCCCCGGCCACAAUCACCCAAGGCCCCGAGCUCAGAUGCUUAGAGGGAAAAACCGCCGUAUAUACGACUGAUUGUACAUUGGGUACUCCGGUGUCGUAUUGCUUCAGCCAGGAGCCUCCGAUCCAAUGCUCGUCGGGAUUCUUCCCGUCGGUUUGGCAUCCAGAGCAUUGCAUGGAGCAGUCAACCUGUUUCCCUCUCAAGGCUUCCUGGAUUACAACCAAGUGUUCCAAUGGCGCGAUUGCGUAUUCGACGUCGACUCUAUACGAAGGCACUCUGGCGGGUGGAGAAUCGACCACCAUUAAGUGUGUCUCCUGCUCUUGUAAUGAGGAUCAAUGGUAUAGCACGACGCGCCUGGCCGGACGUUCCAACUAUGAAACCUUCUGCAUGCCGCACAGCUGGUGUCCACGGGGGAUGACUACUACCUCCUCAGUCAAUAGUUAUUGCGCUACUCAGCCGGCGAGCGUUUGCUCAGAUAUCCCUCUAGUCACCGAACUUUGCGAAUGCGCUCACGCGGGCCAGACCCCAGUAUAUCCCGACUGGCCCGGUGCUCAACCGACUGGUUGUGAAUUUUGA